GCAAUCAUAGGACCAGCCACCGGGACUGAUUCUCUUAUGACUCCUGGCAUUCCUCAGAUGCCUACGGGUGAUGGACCUACAGGACCAGCCGCUUGGGCCGAUACUCUUAUGACUCUUGGCAUUCCCGCUGCAUCUGAGGACGGUGGGAUUGCAGGACCGGCCGUUGGGCCUGAUACUACUACAGUUCCCGGGGCUGAAAAUCUGCAUAGAAGUGACGUCUCUCCGUCCUUGCCGAGUGAUAUGAGCAAUCCGCCUGCAGGGGUUGAUAUACCCUCUUCUGCUGCUGUCUCAGAGCCUGUCGGAUCUCAGCCUGAGGGGACGUCCGUUGGCAUUGGAUCUCGAUCUUCCCUAUACGAGCGUGUCCGCGUCCUUUUGGUAUUGGAGAACCAAGAGAAGAACUACAAAAUCAUUCGCUCUCUAACGUCAACAUGGGAGCCCAAAGCUACGACUAUUGAGGAAGCCAAUGAUCUUACGACACUUACACUUGAUGGCCUUACUGGCAAACUCAAAGUUCACGAGAAGAAGAUCAAGGAGAAGGAGGAAGAAUCCCAACGAACAAAUGAAGAGCCUUCUCAAAAGAUGAAGACUAUUACAUGCUCAAAGGAGUAA